AUGUCUUCCGAAGAAGACGCCUACUUCUCCAGCAAUCCUCCCCCGCGAUCCCUCCCCGAACACACAACCCUCGCCUCAUCCUUCAUCAACACCCACGCCCUCGCCAACCGGCGCGUCGUCCUCAUCACCUCCGGCGGCACCACCGUCCCCCUCGAAAAGCAAACCGUCCGCUUCAUCGACAACUUCUCCGCCGGCACCCGCGGCGCCACCUCGGCAGAGUACUUCCUCCAGGCCGGGUACGCGGUCAUAUUCCUGCACCGCCAGUUCAGCCUUCUGCCCUACUCGCGGCACUUUUCGCACUCCAAGGACUGCUUUCUCGAUUUUCUGAGCGAGGGCCCUGACGGGAAUGUAGGCUGGCGGGAGGGCCAUGACUCCGCGAAGGUGAGGGAUGUGCUGAGGCGGUAUCGGAGAGCGAAGGAGGCGGAGAUGCUGCUCAUGAUUCCGUUUGUUACGAUUGGCGAUUAUCUGCAUGAGUUGAGGGCGAUUUCUAGGCUGAUGAGGCCGUUGGGCAGGAAGGGGUUGUUGUAUUUGGCGGCUGCGGUGUCGGAUUUCUUUGUUCCACCCGAGAGGAUGGCCGAGCAUAAAAUCCAGAGUACGGAUGCGGUGAAGGGGUUUGCGGGAGAUGCGCAGAAGCAGGGCUCUGAGGAUGAGGAGUUUGAUAACUUUGAUGCGUCGCCACGGGUGCCGAGGUCGAAACGCCUAGUCAUCGACCUGGAUCCUGUGCCCAAGUUUCUCAAGAAUCUCGUGGACGGGUGGGCGCCCCAGGGCAUGAUCGUCUCGUAUAAGUUGGAGACGGAUCCCAGGAUCCUGGUACACAAGGCGCGGUAUUCGCUGGACAGGUACCAGCACCAUCUUGUUAUUGGGAAUUUGCUGUCCACGCGCAAGUGGGAGGUUGUGUUUGUGAGUCCCGGGCGGGAGGAUAACUGGCUGCGCGUGCCGCCGCCGGCGUCGAUGCGGAAAGGCGGCGAGACGGGCUGGGGGGACGCGGAGGGACGGCCGUUGAGGGCGGAGGAGUUGCCGAGGGAGGAUCCGGCGACGGAGAUUGAGGAGUUGAUUAUUCCCGCGGUGGCGGAGCUGCAUGAUGUGCAUAUUGGGAGGUAG